GGUAAAAUAAUUAGGAUCAUAUUGCUCAUGCAAGAACAAAGUGACGUUUGACCAAUUAAAAACAGCAUUAAUUAUAAUUCGAGGAAUAUUUUACCCACAAAUUAAGAGUAACGUGAAAUUUUGUUUGCUACACUUACCACAAAUGGAAGAUAAAAAUGAUGUUAAACUUUAUAUAUAUGAUUUAUCUCAAGGGAUGGCAAAUUUAAUGUCUGCUGCGCUCUUAGGACACCACAUAGAAGGAAUUUGGCACACAGCGGUUGUUGUUUUUGGAAAAGAAUAUUUUUAUGGUGCAACGGGUAUUCAAUUUUGUGAACCGAAAAACACACACAAAAUAGAAGGGGGUACUGUGUUAGGACAACCAUUAAAAAUUGAAAAACUUGGGGAUACUUCUGUACCUUACGGAAUAUUUAAGGAUUAUUUACGUGGAUUAUCGGAUAGUACGUUUAAGGGAUCAAGAUAUAAUCUUUUGCAACAUAAUUGCAAUACUUUCUCUGAAGAUCUAAGUCAAUUUUUAUGUGGAAUUGGAAUACCAAAGUAUAUCAUAGAUUUGCCACAAAAUAUUCUUUCUACUCCAAUAGGACAAGCUUUUUCUCCACUUUUAGAUAGUUUAUAUAACAAUUCUGAACAUUUUGCGUUUGAGCCGCGAGUUGAAUCAGGCAGAGACACGAGUCCGGAUUUAGAAGAUUUGAAUAACCAAAUAGAAGAAGCGCGUCUUCAUUCUUUGGCUUUAGACGAGCAACGAAGAAAAAUUCAAGAAAAGAUUGCAAAAAAAGAAAAAAAGGAAAAAAAGUCUAAAAAACAAAAAAAUUUAUCAACUCCUGACGAUUCGAAUUCAAAUAUGUCAGAGCAAAAUAACGGUUCUGAAAUUCCCCGAAAUGGGAACAAUGGAAAUAUAUCAGAUGAAAUUUUAGAUAACGCUGCUAGAGAAAGUUUUGAAGAAGAAAGAAAGCACCGUGAACCUCCCGUCGUUUUUAAAGAUAUUGAUCCAAAAGUUGAACUAGACGAAUUAGUAAGGUUACUUGAUGGAAAAAUAUCUAAAGAAGAAGAAGGCUCAGUCGAAGAAUUACAUCAAUAUUUAAUUGAAGACGAAGGUAGCUGGACGUUAAGUGAUAAUUUUCUGGUGUUUGUUAAACGAGUACUAGAAGAUCCAUCUUUAGCUCAAGAUUCAAAAGUACGUUUAAUAAGAGUGCUGGCUUGUGCUGCACUUAAAGAUGACAUAGUUUUGUUACUUCAUCAAGAUAGAAGAGAUCAUGUGUUAACGAAUUAUUCACAAGAUAUUGAUAAACAUACGUUGGAGGAACAACAAGCCUGGGGUUUAUUUAUAUGCAAUCUCUUUGAAAAUGUAAGUUCUUCUGAAUGGCUUUUGUAUAUUUCUGAAUGGGCUUAUAAUAAUCAACAAAUAUCUAAUAUACGUGCUACAACUAAAGUUGCUGUCCAUUGUCUACUUGCUGCAGACAAAACUUUACAAGAUAUUGGAAGUAGCAUUAUGCAUAAUUUAGGAAUAAUGGAAGUCAAAACAGUGGUUUUCGAUGAUGUCGCAGUGGAACUUACAAUGGCGAUUCUGCAAUUUUUUAAUUCUAAAGCGGAAGAAGAACAAAUUUUUAGAACGUUAAAAGCUCUUCAUCGUUUUGUAAUGACUUCUCCCGAUGUUGGUCAAUUUGUUCAAAUGAUUGGACCACAUCCUGUUAUAUUCAAAGGAAGCAGUAAAAGAGUAGAUGAACUUGUUACUGAAAUUACUAAAAAGGUGCCAGUUCCCUAAUUUGUUAAAUAUUUUUUGUUUUAAUAUUUGUUGCAUUUUUUAUAACACUGUGUUGAAAAAUGAUUUGAAAAAGCGUAAAAGCUUUUUAAUAAAAGUAUGUGUUUGGGGCGAAA